UCUCUGGUUCUCUAGGAAUCAAUCUUCAAAGAAAUUGAGAUGGGAGUGGUUGUUUAUCUAGACACCAUUUUGGUCCCCUUGAGCCUCUUUCUCACAGUAGGCUACCAUGCCUAUCUCUGGCACAACUUCAAGAACAAACCCUCUCACACCACAAUUGGGAUCAACAUGUUGAAGAGGAGAGCAUGGUUUCUAGAGCUAAAUGGGGGAGAUGACAAGAAAGGCAUGCUGGCAGUCCAAAGCUUGAGAAACACUCUGAUGGGCACAACACUCACAGCCUCCAUAGCAAUUCUUAUUGAAGUCUCAUUGGCAGCUCUCAUAAACAACGGCUAUAGCGCAACCCACCUCUUCAGCCAUGCAUUUUUUGGGUCACAAUCUACAAUGAUUUUUGCUCUGAAAUAUGGCUCAGCAGCAUUGUCCUUGGCAGUGAGCUUCUUGUGCAGCUCCAUGGCAAUUGGGUUUUUGAUUGAUGCCAAUUUCUUGAUAAAUGCAUCUGGUGAUCAUGAGUUCACGUCUUCUGGACACAUAAGAACCAUAUUUGAGAAAGGCUUCAUUCUGGCUCUCGUGAGCAGCAGAAUGCUCUGCAUCACUUUUCCCAUGCUGCUGUGGAUGCUUGGUCCUGUCCCAGUUUGGUUGUCAUCUCUUGCUCUGGUUUGGGGGCUUUAUGGGCUUGAUUUUGUUGGGAAGUUGUCGAAAGGCAACAAGCAAAGUCUCAGUUGAAGACUGAGGAGAAAAUAUAUACAUAAAUGUUUUUGUAGUGAUUUUGAUUUUUAUGUUAUGCUGCAAAUAUUUGGGACUUUAGUGUUUCCUGGUGCUCAGUUUGUAUCUUUUUUGUGUUAAUAAUAGGCCAUAAUAAAAUUACUA